CCUUUCUCGACGUCAGGACACUGCAUCUCACUCAAACACCAUUGCGCACGUCGAAGUACUUUGACAAGGCCAUCAGACGACGCCGACCAGCACAGCGACUCGACUGACGUUCUCUACCGAGCUGUCCGCCGAGCCGGACGGGCUCCCACCCACCCCAACCACCCCCAGCGCCAACACGAGCCUAACCGCGGACCAACACAUCUCCCUUGCCACGCCCGUCACGACGUUACGACUUUUUCCUGUUCAUCGUGUUUGUGCAUUUUUAGCGUCGGGUUUUUGAUUUCGAUCGUUGCAGCGCUCGCUUUACCGGGUGCGCUCGACCCGUUACACAUCGACGACAUUGAUAGCAUCGAAACUUGCUGGAUAACGGAUAUCGACAGCCACCACCGCCAUGUCGACCAACGGGCUCUCGGCGCCUGGGAGCAGCGUCUACAACUCGGACUCGAUGUAUGUGGGCGAUGGGACGUGGGACUCGCAACGCAACACCUUCUUGCUGCCGAAUCUGCUGGGCUUGAACUUUGAGACUAUGCGCCUCAACGGCAUGGGCAACCGAUUUCGCGAUCUGGUCGGCUACCAAGGGCUAAUAACUGCCCACGGCACCCUGGCCGCCAUUACGUUUCUGUUCGUUGUCCCUGGCGCAAUCUUCAUGGCUCGUUUCUAUCAUCGAAACCCCCAUACGGCGCUACGAUUCCAUAUCUGGCUGCAAAUCCUGACAGUACUCCUUGCAACCGCAUCAAUCGUACUUGGAUUCCAGGCUGUUGGCCGCGAGCGAUCGCUAUCCAACCCACAUCACGGAAUUGGCGUUGCUCUGUACUCCCUUGUGAUACUUCAGUUUCUCGGUGGAGCUAUUAUCCAUAAGUUGGAGAAGGGCAAAGAACGAUGGAAAAUCCCGCUCAAGCUUAUGUUUCACCAAUGGCUGGGCCGUAUAGUCGCAGUCUUGGGCAUUGUACAAAUUCCCCUUGGUCUGACUCUUUGGGGUUCUCCACUCGUGCUGUUCAUCCUUUACGCCGUCUGGGCCUUUAUCCUCCUGGUUGCUUACUUCGUCUUGUCGUAUACGAACCAGCCUGAGAUGGACUUUGAUGAUGGUACGACAUACAUUACUGAGCGCACCGGGAUCACCGGGGUCACUGGGAUCACCGGCACCAGCCUGAGGAGCAGAAGAAGCCGGGUUACAGGAGCAGGUGCUGGCCUCGCUGCGUUGCAUAGCCGACAAUCGCGUAGUCGCAGCAGAGUUGAUUCACGCUCUCGCGUUACUGAUUCCCGUUUCACCGAGUCUUAUUUAAGCGAUGAAAAAUUUGCCCCAAAGAAAGGAGCGUCCUGGAAAGAUCGCCUAUUGGGCGCUGGAGCCGCCGCUGGGGGUAUUUUCGCCAUGAAGUCACUCUUUGGUCGCGACAAAAGACCCCCUCCCACCGAGACGGGCAGUGAUAUAAGCUACAGUCGUCCAUUAGGCCCGUCUGAGGUCACAUCGGCAGACCUGAGCCGAGUUGAGGAAGGAAGAGCCCCUGCCUCGCCAGCAAACAAUCGGGAUUGGCGCCGUGUCGAGGAAAGGGAAGCCGCUCAAGCAGCAGCCAUGGGAGCAAGUCCGUUGCGGCAGGGUCAUCCUCCAGCACGAAGUGGUACCUCAAUGGAGUCAUUCGACAGUCGAACAAGUUUAAGCUACGAACACGAAACAAGAACUCACGAAGAUUCAUACGGAGUCAAAGAUGGAGUCAAGACGCUUGGCGUCAUGGGGUUCCUCAAACACUCAUUCAGCAAACGCAAGAACAAGAAGGAGGAUGAACGUGUGGAGGCUCUGCGACAAGAGGAUCUUGAACAGGAACGCAUUGCCCGAUCAAACAGCAACCGUCGCAAGUUCACUGGAGAUGGUGUUCCCCCAAGGAAGCACAGGGUUCCUUCCACCAUCUAUUCUGAAAGCGACAUUACUGGAAUCACUCCAUCUGUAGCGCCGCGACACAACACGCGUCCGCCACCAAUGGAAUCUACCAUAGGAGCUUCUACGGCCCCCAUUCGACCACCGCCAUCCGUAGACCCGUAUAGCGUCUUGUCCGACUCGGGAUCAGAGGCUUACAACUCGCCAGGCGGUCGCCAUCAUCGUCGCCACCGCUCCGGAGGUACUUCAGGACUCGCUGCUGGCACCACCGCUCUAUCUACUGGUUCGCCAUCAAAGAGAGACAACAGUCGGCGCCGAGGCAGUCGCGAUGGCAGUGUGUCGUCCCCCCCGGUUUCCGUCAAGGUCAAAAUGCACAACGAUGGUCGACACGUGACGCUUCGCAGACUCAACGAGGAAGAAGCAGCCGCGGAGCGAGAGGCUCGACGAAGAGAGAGACAGCGACGGAAUCGCAACGGAAGCAUGAGUUCGCUUAGCAAUUUGGAUAACGAUCGCUGGCGUAGGACGGAGGCUAUGGAAGCAGCACAAGCACAGGAGAUGGCGCAAUCCGCUGCCCCCUCUGCGCUAUCACAUGCUGCUCCCAUCCGCAUGCCCGAGCCUUACGUUCCUCCACCUCCUCCAGGCCCUCCUCCUGCCAACCUUGCACAACCAGGUCCCAGCGGAAUUCCGCCUCCACCCUCCAUGCCGACAGGUGUAGUAUCUCCUCCCCCCGCGCUACCAGGCGCGGCGGCGAGUGUGCUCAGCAGUCCUGUGUAUGGUACGGAGACGGACCUAAGCAACUACGAUUCUAAUCGACGGAGAAGAAGAGCUGAGAGAGCGCAGGCUAAGCAGGCCAGGAUGGGAGGGAGUCGAGUUGAGUUUUCAUGAUAAUUUUGUAACGACGCGAAAGACAUGUGUGAGAUGUGGGGGUACUGUGCAUUUUGGGCGUUUUUGGAUAGGUAGAUUAUAUCAAGUGCUGUUGCGUAUACGGGAUGCUCUGCAGCGGGUAUCUAAAUGAUAAAACAUCCUUGACCAACACAAUGG